AUGGUCUUUCGAUCUGAAGCCAAGCCCAAUAACCUUCAAAUGAUGGGAUAUAAUCGCUGCAAUGGCUCCUUGCACUGGUAUCGCGAUAUUGCCGCGUAUGAAAUUAUCAUGAGAGAAUGCGUUGAAAAUGCCGAGAAGUUGAAAGUCCAAAUCCUUGAGGAUGCGGCCAAGGCUUCUAUUAUUAAUGUGUUUGCUGGGUUGGCGUUAUCAGUUGUUUCUCUGGCAGUACGGAAUAGUGCGGUCGGAAUCAACCUUCAGGAGCUCCCUGGCAGGGAGGCACAUUCCGCCUGA